AUGAGAGUGGACUCGAAGUCAAACGGUAGAACGGUUUACAAUUUACCAAUUACAAGUUCAAUAGCACUUACUUUCAACUUCAAUGGAGCGACUGUUAGUUUGGACUUUUCACUAACCGAUCAUCAAUUAGAUCCAAAGCAGAGAAGUGAAACGUGUGUUUGCCUCAUAAUGAGUAGCAACAAAGAAAAUACGAAAAUAACGCUUUGA